UAUCGCCGACAAACGAGCACGAACUCCGGCCACAUUUCAAGAAUCUAUAGACGACGGCGAUGUUAUGGCGGCGUGGAUGGAAGUCGACGAAGAGUCCACCAACGAGCUCUCGAAACUUCUAGAAACUGAAUCGGUUUCCGCGGUCAGAGUCAGGUUCAUCGAGAAUCCCUAUUCUGCUCCGCUUAUUUUCGAAUCGUCUACUUCAUAUAUUACGAUCAACGGCAACGAGGAGUAUUGCGGCUCGUCUUUUUCCGAUUCGGAUGCGUCGGUUAUGGCUAGCAUUGAUAUUCGGAGAAGUGAAAUCGGAUUUGGAUUGUUCACGGAGGCGUUUAGAGCGUGGUCGUCGGCGGUUGGAAGUAAUGGACGACGGGAAGAAGUGGGUGGUGCGGCUGCGGGAGGCGGCGGGGAGAUGUUGGCGGCGGAGGGAAUGAUUAAGUUGGAUAAUGAGGUUGAUGAGGAGAUGCUGGCGAAGUUUCUGUUGGAAGAUGAUGAUGAAAUGAUAUAGGGUUUUGUAAUGGUGGUGGUUAGGGUUUUAUCAAAUUUACUUUACAGUGAAAAUGAAAGAGAUUAGAAUUCAGCUUUUAUGUCUUUUGUAUGAAAUUUG